UUAUAAUCGUUAAACAUCACGUGUCUUUCACAUUCCGCCGCCGCGGCAGCAGCUGUUUAGCCGCACAUCUUCGUGAAGUGUUUGCUUACGGCUCACGUGGAGACAUAAGUCCAAAAGUUCCGCUGAGCUUUAUGCACGUACGCGAGUCCUGGAGAAAUUGAAAUUCAAUUAUUUGUGCGGUGGUAUUAAAAUAAUGCCAGUUGUCUGGUAAUAAUACCAGUUGAUUUAUUGGGCAAGAUCUCUAUCAUUUACCUUUUAAUUUACAUUGACUAAUUCAUCUAAGAAUACAAAAAUGGCUUCAGCAUCAAGUACUAGUGCCCGGAGCUUAUUUGUGGACUCAAAAUUGCGUUUGGCUGACAGAGUGCAAGUGAAUGUAAAUAACAUAGCAUCUGUAGCCCGGCAAAUUCAGCGUGGGUCAAAAUCAAAUGAGAAUCUCAACAAACUGAAACUUAUAUCUGCCCAUUUGGGAUAUCAACAAGAAUCUUUGAUGAAGAGUGCAGUAUUGGUUGAAGAAGUAAAGGAGCAAGUUCGAGCAAUGCAACGAUGACAUACAGCAUGUGUUGAUUUGUUUGGUCAGUCUGACGAAACAAUAGAUUGAUGUGUGAUGAUCUGUACUGAUGGGUUGUGAUAUGAUGUGUGUAUAAAGAUAUUCCUUUUAUUUCUUUUUAAUACUUACAAUAUUAAUACAAAUUGUCAUUGCUAUUAUUAUCAGAUCUUUUAAAAAUGAAAGCUUAUUUUUUUCUCCAAUUAAAACGGUGAAUUGAUGUUUGAUUAGCUGGGACAUGGAUGUCUGAGAGAUUCAAUUGUAAAAAUCAAAUCAUAAUGAAGCUCCUGUUUGGCUAGUCGUGACCCAGCAGAUAAAAUGUCAAUUUGUUGCUUGUUUCAAUCUGAGUGUAGAGACAGUUGAUUUUGAAAGAACUUAUUAUGAUUAGCUUGUUUUAUUUAAAAUAAAUUUCUAGGAUAUUUGUUUGAAAUUUACUGUUGUAUGUUGUAUUAUGCCAUCUUACGCUGUAAUAAUGAACUUUAUCUCUGAGUUUGGUAAUAACUAGUCUCAAUGUGUAUAACAUGCUAUUUUUUUGUUCUCGUUAUUGCCUAUUCUCAGUGGCAAAAGCAGAGAGAUUUAUGCAAACAAACAAAAAUGUGUAAUUGCUACUAUCUAGUUAUGGACCAUUGAAUGGAAGAACUGGAAAUAAAAAACAACACUCAGCUAUAAUCUAGUAGUUAAGAGGGUUAUUUAAAAAUGAACUAUAUUUUGAAUUCUCAUUCUGAAUUUUUUCAAUUCCAUCAAAAAUACUGCAAAAAAGGUAUAUAUAGGGGAAAUACUGUAGAAAAGGUUUUUCACAAUGUUGUAAUAUAAAAGUGUGCCUAUUUGUGAUAUGUGGCAAAAAGCAGCUUAAACUCAGACUGGAGGCACAUGAGCAUCCUUCAAUGGAUUUUAUAGUGUGUUUUUGCAGAGUUUAUAAAAAAUGGGUCAUACCACUUGAGCUUGCUGCGUGAUGUCUGUUGUGUUCUACUUGUGUACCCGUAGUACUGAUGUCUGCGAAAAUACAAACCUCAUUACACUAUACUUGUGUUCCUGCAAAAUUAGAUGCAACACUUGUUCAAGAGUGUUCAAAAACAUGUGAAUGAAGUUCUUCCUACACUUAUGAAAGUGCACUUGCAUAUAAACAUGAAAUUUAUUGAAUUUUAGAAGAAAAAACUUCAUUAUAUAUUAUUAAGGUCAAAGGUACCAAUUAGGUAGUGCUGAUGUUCUCAAAGCCUGAUGUACACCUGUCGUACAAGUUGUUUUAACUUCUAAUAAUUGAAAAAAUGGAAGAUCAAAGAAAACCAUCUCAUAUCCUGUAAAAUUGCGUCAUAUUUCUUGAUUAACCACAAAGAAUUCAAGUUAUCUAAACUGAAAAACUACUGCUACUUCCCUACAUCCCCUAUAGUAUUAAAACCAGUGGGGUCGCGAAAAUGCACACAGUUUGAACACUACUGCACAGUCAGAAUGCCGAGCAAGAGGGAGACUGACUGUAAGGAGAGAAUAUUGCACAGCGCGUCGGUUAGUAUCGUCUUCCAGAAGGAAGCACUCGAGCGUCUGUUACGUCACAAUGCAGGGAGAAGCUUCUGGAAACGACGGCGGUUGAACAUAAGAGUGGUUGCGUAAACAAUUUGGAGCAGGUACAUACGAUAAGUUUGUUAUUCUACAGAAACUUGAUUAAGCGUGCACUGUAUAAAUUGAAUAAUGAAUUAGCUUUGCUUGCUCUAACAGGUUAUGUAAUGUAUACUUAAUUUAAAGAAUUGACGAUACACAAUUAUCAAUGAAUAAUUAGUAAGAACAUGGACUUGGAUGAUUAGUUCAAGAAGUAGGUGAGAAUAAAUGAUUGAUACUCCCAAGUGAUGCCACUGAUUAAGGUUAUUAUUCAUAAUAAACAUAGCUUAUUUCGCACCAAAGGUGUACAAAUACAAACAUUCUAAGAAUAUGCUUGGGGACCUGCCAGAAAGGAGUCCUACCUUUACAGUUUCUAAACAUUAUAAAAGUGGUUAGAGCGAUAUAUUCUCUAGCAGACAGUCCAUAUUACGUUCAAAAAUAAUUAUUUGCGACAUAAGUGGGUAUUGUGGGAC